UGAUGAGAGUUUUUUUUAGGGUUGAUGAGAUUAUUCUGAAUUUUGGGGGUUUGUUAGAUAUAAUAGAUCUAGGGAUUCUUCGUGUUGAGAACGAGGAGGAGGGGAUGGCUGAGAAAUACCCAAAUGGAGUGAUGGGUUCGUUCUACGUCGACAUAUACGAACUUGUGGAAGAUCCUUCAUCGGACCCAAUCAUCUCGUGGAACAAAGGCAACAACGGUUUCGUCAUGUGUAGUCAGGAGGAGCGAAUCCGCAGUAAGAUUCUUAUGCCAUUCUAUUGCGGCAAACUCUGCGAGUUUCUCUCCGAACUCAGCUAUUACGGGUUUAGAAGAGUUAAGAAGAAGGCUGGGUCUGGGAAAUUGGAAUUCAGGAAUGAAGAUUUUGUGAGAGGCCAGCCUAAGCGUCUCAAGGACAUGAUGCUCAAAGCUUCUAGGAAGCGCAAGGCCAAAUUCAGAGCUCAGCAAGCUACCAAAGAUGCUGUGGAUCGCCUCCAACUUCAAAGUUUACAUGUUUGAUAUCUGAAUCAUCAAUUCAUCAUCAUCCUACUUGCUCCUGCUCCUUUUUUUUU